AUGCGGAGAGUUAUAAAGGCGGCGGGGCAAGUGUGCGCACAUCCAGCCCGGCGGUCUUUGAGGUGGUUUCGCUCGCACUGCAAUCAAUCAUCUUCACAAAAAAGGAUCCAAACAUGCCAAAGUGUCCCAGUUGCAACAAGGAGGUCUACUUUGCGGAGAAGGUGUCCUCUUUAGGCAAAGACUGGCACAGACCCUGCCUCAGGUGCGAGAAGUGCCGUAAGACGCUGUCGUCGGGAUCUCACGCUGAGCAUGAUGGCAAGCCCUACUGCCACAACCCCUGCUACAGUGCACUCUUUGGACCCAGAGGAUUUGGAUACGGUGGAGCGGAGAGUCACAAAUACUAAAAUUGCAAUCGAGAGUACAUAAAAAAAACAUGUAAACACACACACACAAACACACACACACACACACACUCCAUGUUCGAUUGGUGAUGGUUUGUCCUCCAAAUUUGACUGGUUUUUACAGUGGACAUUUUGACCAAUAAAGGCUUGUCAAUGUGCCACA